UCUCAGCUCAGGCUGUGGGCUCACCCUCUUAAGUUAGAGAGCUACAGACUAAAGAGCUGUCUGUCCCAAAGUUUUCUCCUAACUGUUUUGAGAGGAUACAAAUGGAAUUUAUACUCCUAGCUUUAAAAUUGCCCUAGGAUUGACACAGACAUUCGGCGAUUAUUGAACCAAGACUUUCAGAAAUGAAAAUGACAGAAACAAAUAACCAGGAAAAAUACAUUCUCUUAAACAAUGACUCUGACCUGGAGGAGUUUGACAAAAGUAAACUUUCAUUGCUGCAUCAAACUCAAAAGGGGAAAUUCUUCUCAAAAAUUUAUAAAAUUAAGAAGUUUUCAUCUUCUGAAAAACUCCAAAGGCUCUGUUAUAUAUUCUUUGUGCUGCUGAUAUUGAUUUCCCAAAUAUUUCUAAGUUUCCUCAUCCUAAAAACUCAUCAAGAUUUGAAUGCACUUAAACAAAAGGGAGCACCAGCAAAAAUAAAAGCAUCUUUUAAUCUGGCUAGUGAGCAGAGAGAUAUAGAAACAAUUAACAGCAGAAAGGAGCAGACAGAAUCUGAAUUCAAAAACUUAAAACAGCAGGAAAUUGCCUCCAUAGAAACCAUUAUUUCCAAGAAUACUGAAGAGCAGUCCACAUCAGCUAAGAAAAAUGAAACUGGCAUUCCUAUAGAUAAAAACCAGCCACUACAGAAUCCUGUUGGUUCAAAAAUGAAUGCAUUUGAAAAACGACUUGAAAAUGUCACUACCACUUUGAACAACCUUCAAAACCGCUUACAGGAGGACUUGAACAAUAUUUAUUUGCAACUUUCCCAAUUUAAAGAUAAUAUCUAUGCUUUGGAGAAUACUCUGACUAUGGCCAGGAUGGAGCAUUUGAAUUCAUAUACUGAAUCAACAACUCAACCUUUCCAAGAAAAUGAAAAGGAAGUGUAUUCUUCAGGACUGCCGUAUAUAACACCUAGUCAGAAUUAUGGUAUCUCGGAUCCAGUCACUGUUUCUGUUCCCUUUACAAACACUGCUCUAGAACCAACAUCACAAGAUCCUACAGAUACAGCAAAUGCUGAAAUACUGGAAGGGAAACCCAAGAUAAUCGUUUCAUUCAUAAAGAAUCUUACAGAUCUCCAAAUCUUUUUCUAUGGUGCUGAUAACAAUGCAAAUGGAUAUUUAACAUACCAUGAAAUAAAGAGCCUUCUAGGAGAAGAGACACCAGAACAAGAACAAUUGGAGCUGUUUGAUGCUGAUCACAACCGGAUGUACUCCUAUGCUGAACUAAUAAGAGCAUUUGGACUGACUGAAUAAAUAAGAAGAUGGAAGUACAAGAAGGAAGAAUAUAUUCAAAGCAGUGGAUUAAGUUUAUUUUACAUCAUGUUCUUUCUAUAUUCUCUCAUUUUGGCAAGUUGUGUUAGGAAAGGUACUUCUGACCAAGUUUCUAAAACUUGUUAGUUCUUUUGAACUUUCUUCAGUUUAAAAUAGACAGCUUUUAUUUCGUGAAAGUCUCUAAAAAUUCCAUAUUACUUCCAGUCUUCAAGAAAAACAACAUUUUUAGUUUGAACUUUUAAAAUAAAUAAUUUCUAAGAAUACUAUAUACACAUAAAUAUGUAUAAACAUUAUUAUAUAUUUUAUCCC